GAUUCUGUAUCAAUUUUCUGAAGACCCGAGACAGUGUUGAACGAAAAAUGCUUCGUUUUAUCUGUUUAUGUCUCCUGUCAAGCAUUCAGCUAAGCACUCAAAAUGUUCGUCCAUUUUGGAAUAUAGCCCAUAUGGUAAAUUCCAUCGAUGAGAUAGAAGAAUAUUUAGAUGAAGGUGCCAAUGCUAUAGAAGCAGAUGUUACCUUCGAUUCCGAUGGUACUGCCAAAUUCAUGUAUCACGGUUUUCCGUGUGACUGUUGGCGUUAUUGUUGGAGAAGUUCAUUGCUUUUUCGAUACUUAUUGAAAGUAAAAAAAUUGACAACGCCAGAUGAUCCUAGCUAUAAAGAAAACUUUACAUUAUUACAAUUGGAUUGUAAAAUUUCAUCUUUAAAUUCUGACUGGUUGAGGAUUAAAGCAGGAAAAGAUUUGGCUAAGAAAAUGGUCAUAUUUUUAUGGGAAAGAGGUCAUUCCAAAAGUCAAGUUUGGAUUUUAUUGAGUAUUCCUCAUUCGAAUCACGUCAAUUUUAUUAGGAGUUUCCGUGAAACGCUACAAGAAGAAGGAUUAUCCGAUUUAGAAACAAAAAUUGGUUAUGAUAUAUCAGGUAAUGAAGAUCCUUUGAAAAUAGAAAAUGCAUUAUUGAGUGUUGGCGUUAACAGCUCUAUAUGGUUUUCUGAUGGCAUAACUAAUUGCAUACCAAGAUCAAUUUCGAGACUGAGAUUUAUAAUUGAUAAAAGAAAUUCUCUAAGUAAUUUGGUUAAUAAAGUAUACUUUUGGACUAUAGACAGAGAAAACAAUUUAAGGAAAGCUUUACGAAUGGGCGUCGAUGGAAUCAUAACUAACAAGCCUCGAAGACUGCAUAAUAUAUUAAACAGCGAAGAAUUUAAGCACACUUAUCGUCUAUCAAGUAUUACAGAUAAUCCAUGGACAAAAAUAAUAGGUCCUUCAAAAUACUACGUCAGAUCCGAUGAUUACUAUUUUGUCGAAUGCAAUAAAAUUUUUCACACUUAUAAAUAUUACGGACUCAUAGAAAAACGUUAAUUAAGUAUUUUAUAAUUAUAAUGUUUGAAAUUUUAAUUAAAUAUUUGAAUUAUAA